AGUUGGUUGGGAAGGGCCUUGUUAAAGAGCCAUAAGAACCUGUUUUUACUACAUUUGUGGGGGUGCUAGAAGCAGCUGUAUAGAUAGAGACCUUUGCUUACUUCACUUCCUUCCCUUCCCUUCCCUCUCUUAUUAUCUCUACCAUUUUCCAUCUUCUCUCUAAGCUAAGCUAAAGAGAUAUGGGGAAUUGCCAAGCUGUGGAUGCUGCAGUGCUUGUGAUCCAACACCCUUGUGGGAAGAUAGAGAGGUUGUAUUGGCCAGUCACUGCAAGUGAGGUCAUGAGGACUAAUCCAGGUCACUAUGUUUCUUUGAUAAUACCAUUGCCUGUGCCACCACAGGAGCAGAAUCAAGAGCAGAAAACGGUGCGUUUCACACGCGUUAAGCUGCUCCGGCCUAAUGAGACUCUCAACCUUGGCCAUGCUUACAGGCUUAUCACCACUCAAGAGGUCAUGAAGGUGUUGAAAGCUAAGAAGCAUGCAAAGACAAAGAAGCCACUGGCUGAGGCCGCCGAGAAGCCGCAUAGGGUGCAGUCGGAGAAGCAGAGUUCAGCUAGUGAGGCACACACAGCAGGAGAGUCUACACAUCAGGGAAUGAGAGCAGAGAGACACAGGCCAAGGACGGCUUCAGCUAAUCCUGCUGUAGUGAGGUCAAAAUCCUGGCGCCCUUCCUUACAGAGCAUUUCUGAGUUAGCAAGUUGAUUUAUUGGUGCAAACUGCAAAGUUGUGACAUGUAUAGUGGCUCAUAGAAUAUUAUAUGAUUAGCCUCUAUGAUGUCACAUGUUCCUACUAGAUGAUUCCUGUUACAUGGGCAUCGAGAUUCAACAGAUGAUUAAAACCAAGAUUUUUCUUUCAUCACCAAUCACCACCUCAACUGCAAAACCAUGCUCCAGUGGUAACAUGUUUGUAUAGCACCAACAAGAAGAAAAGGAAUAGAGAGUAAUGAAUGUAAAAAUCUGUUAGAAGUGAGUUUUUGUGAUUGAUAUAGUUACAGCAUUCACAUGUCUUCCUUUUAGUUAUUUAUAUUUAGCAAAUAAGCAAUUCUUACGUACAACAACUUGAAGGGAACUUUUUUAUAACAAAAAAGUGCAUAUAAAGUGAAAAUUAUAUUA